AGCAUGUCGAUGACUGUAGGGAAUGUGGUUUUUGUCGGAAAUAUACCUUAUGAUGUUUCUGAACGCCAGAUGACAGAAAUCCUUGAACAAGUGGGUCCCGUAAAGCAGUUCAAGCUGGUUAUGGAUUUAGAAACAGGUAAUGGAAAAGGCUACGGAUUUUGUGAAUUCUAUGAUAGCGAGACAACUGCUUUAGCUGUCCAGCGGCUUAAUAAUCGUGAAUUUUUUGGUCCUCGAAAAAUUCGUGUAGAAUUUCCUUCCAAUGAUCCUAGAAGACAUCAGAAUUAUGGACACCAAGAAAAGCAUGGAGAUCUUGCCUCAUCCUCCUUUGAUUCUAGUCACGCAAGUCGAUACCCAAACGCUCCUCCCCAUCUUCGUCCUCAUCCCCUUGCUUCGAAUAUUAAUUCUUCCUAUGCCUCCGAUUAUAACAUUCCUUCUACUAUGCCAACUACUUCUCCCGCUCCUUAUUCAUCUUCUGCCACGAACGAAUUCAGUGCAGCAGCAAAUAUGAACUCUGUGCGCCGAGGCGCUUAUCCAAGUUCAUCCUACCCUCCUUAUAAUUCAGCUUCUACCAUUGCGCCUGCGGUACCUUCUUAUCCUGCUACAGCUACAGCUACAACGACAACCACAGCUAAUACUACUCCCUCAAUUCCAAGCACACCAUCUUCGACACCUUUACCUGCUACCAAAGCCGCUUCCGAAGCAACCCAGCCUUACUCCGUCCCUUCCUCUGUUGCCAAAGUUUUUUCCUCUUUUACUGCACAAGAGUUACUAACCAUGCUCACUCAACUUCAGACCGUAGUCCACGUAGCUCCCGACGAAGCCAGACGUUUAUUAAAUGCAAACCCUGCUCUUCCUUAUGCUGCUUUCCAGGCCAUGCUUUUAAUGAAUAUGAUUGAUUCCCGUGUUUUACAGCAGGUUGUUUUGUCGAUGCGCAACAAUCCUGCUCCUUCUGCUUCCCAGGCUCCCCAGGCUCCCUCACGCCCGGUUUCUGCGACUCGUCCUGAUACUGCUAUGAAAACAGAUUCUCAAAAUAUUGAAGCAAAGCGAAUGGCUCUUAUUAACCAACUUAUGGCACUUACUCCCGAACAAAUCCACUCUUUACCUCCCGCACAAAGAGAACAAAUCAUUGCGAUUCGGCGACAACAUGGUGCUUUGUAGGAAGUCACCCGUUUUUAACGACUGUUUUCCUUGGGUUUUUAUAUCAUGUAUUUGAAAAAGUGCAUUUUCAUUUGGUUUCAUAAUUAUUUCUCAUGUAAAUUUAGUCAUGCUUAUUUUAUUUUUUGCUUUUCUUGUCUCAUAAUAUUAGAUGCUUUAUGAGCUUGGUUGUUGAUCUUUCAACUUUGUCUACAACAAAAUAGAUAUGUUGACAUGUAUAAAAAGUGUACUUGAAUAUAUGUUUUACUUGGUUUCUAGAAUGGUAUUUUCAACUCGUCUGUACAAAUAACUAUGGACGCAAAAACACGUCGCAUGCUAGAAGCUCUUAUUGAUCACUGAAAACAACCAACUUUAUAAAUCAACCCUAAUAGAUUUUGGGAACAUCGUGGAGG